AUGACAAAACUCAUUGAUGAUGCCGACUACGAUGCCGACGAAACGUUUGAGAAUGUACCAAGUCCACUGUCCGAUGCUGGAAAUCAUGACAACUACUUUAGCAGACGACUUCGGACUAGGUGCGUUCUACUAAGUCGCCCUGACAACAAGACCAAGUUGCGACGAGCAAUACAAAUGACGAACCUGUCGUCCGGCGAAGCCUUAUCCUCUGCGGAUACAACUCGCCUUGGCCAGCCACCCAUUUCCUCAAGCAUCGACUACCAGUUGAUCAGUUUGGCUCUUGCUGGAUUCGCUUCCUCUCUAUCGGCUUCUCCGGCUACCCAUGCUUCUAAUCUGCCCACGCAGUCCUCUUCUACCCUUUCGGAAAUCAGUCCACCUUCCACAAGUCAGGUUACCGUUGGCCCUGUCAGUCACACGAGCUCAACUUUAUAUGAUCUUCCAGCAACUGGUACUGUUAUGAGUGAGCUUUGCCCAGCUGCCAAUGCACCAGGAUUUACAUCUACUGCCUCCUCCCAGAGAGCCAAAAUCAAUACGCCCGCUCCAAACAGGUCUGGAUCUCCGGUGCGGCAUGGCACUGACGAGGUUUGGCGGACCACUUGCUUAGAUCUUAUCAACAGUCUGCCGGACGAUGCUCGGCACGCCUACAUUCGCAUGAUGUUCCAGUUUCUUUCUUGCUCACCUCUGGCUACCGGGCCAGGAAGUGCAGUUCAUGCAAUUAUGUAUUCCGAAGAUUGA